AUGUUAGUGCCUGCCCAAUCUGUGACGGACUUGCGGUCCAGUGAGAUCCACCUCUCCCUGCAGGGCAUCUAUGAGGUGAGGCCGAACCUCGCCGAUCCCCAGCGCCAUGAGGUGAAUGGAACCGAGUCGCGCUAUCGGUUGAGCAUAGAGCAGGACAAGAAGAACGAUUAUGCAACCACCCUUCGUCUCACCAUCACCAGUAAGUCUAGAAUUCCUGUCUUGGCACAAUACUGA